AUGGAGAACUUGGACUUGCUGGGGUUCCUCAUUGUCACAUUAAACUGCAAUGUGACCAUUGUGGGAAAGAUCUGGCUGCUCUUCACUGUGCUGCUGAGGAUGGGUGUGGUCCUCCUGGCCGGGUACCCCAUCUACCAGGAUGAGCAGGAGCGCUUUGUCUGCAACACUCUGCAGCCGGGCUGUGCCAACGUGUGCUACGACAUCUUCUCCCCUGUGUCCCAGCUGCGGUUCUGGCUGGUGCAGGGGGUGUCUGUGCUCCUUCCUUAUGCCACGUUUAGUGUCUAUGUCCUCCACAAAGGCACCCAGCUUGCCACCCGGGGAGCCUGCUGGUCAGCUGGAGGUGCCCCAAGUGUGCCAGACUUUUCCUGUGGCUACCUUAUCCACCUGUGUUUCCAGACCCUGAUGGAGGCUGCAUUUGGGACCUGGCAUUACCUCUUUUUUGGGUUCUUGGUCCCUAAGAGAUUCUCUUGCACGCACUCUCCAUGCUCCAGCGUGGUGGAUUGCUAUGUCUCUCGGCCCACAGAGAAGUCCAUUAUGAUGCUUUUUACCUGGACCAUGAGUGUUCUGUCCUUCCUCCUCAGUGUUGCAGAUCUGCUUUGCAGUGUGCAGAGAAGGAUUAGCAGGAGGCAAGGCCCCAGGCAGCGGGCGAACAGCCCCUACAUCAAAGAGUAUGGAGUCAGAGCAUCUCCUCCAAACCAUACUAAGGGGAACAGGCCCAGCGAGGAGGAUGAGGCUGGCAGAUGGGGGGAAGGGGCAGUGCCAUCUUUCCCUGAGGGGUGGGCUGGGGGUCAGAGUACCAACAGCUCCAGUGGUCAGCCUGCUGCAUCAGGCUGUGUAGCACCUCUGGAGGAAGAUGGCAAUGAGAGGUUGCCCUCAGCCAGUGAUAAACUGCCCGUGGCUCACAGAGAGCCUGGAGGCAGAUGCUCCAGAGAGGCCACGCAGGACCCAAUGAGCAAAGGCCUCACUCGGUCAGAGGUAUGUCCCUUUGCCUCUCAAAGGCACCUGGCCAGCCACUAUUCAUCUUGCCUGCUACAACCUCCUGAGCAGCUGGUCCCCUCUGGCAGUGUCCCUUACUUGAGAACCAAAAAGUCUGAGUGGGUUUGA